AUGGACCCAACCAAAAGAACAGUCCUCAUAACAGGCUGCUCCUCAGGCGGCAUCGGCGCCGCCCUAGCGAUCGAAUACCACCAACGAGGCUACCACGUCUUCGCCACCACACGCAACACGAAGAAAAUCCCAACUUCCCUAACCUCUCUACCGAGUGUCACGGCCCUGGCUCUGGACGUCACAUCCCCUCAAUCGAUCGAGGCUGCCGUGAAGGAAGUUUCCGAAAUAACGGGAGGCCGACUGGAUGUCCUGGUUAAUAACAGCGGCGCGGCGUUGACGGCGCCGGCUCUGGAUACGGAUGUCGAGCAGGCGAGGGGCGUUUUCGAGGUUAACGUGCUGGGUGUUUUGGCUGUGACGAAGGCGUUCACCCCCCUCCUAGUGCGUGCAAAGGAUGCCUGUAUCGUGAACAACAGCUCGAUCAAUGGGGAGACGAAUCUGCCGUUCAGCGCCAUCUACGGCGCCUCCAAAGCAGCCACAACCGCCCUCUCCGAAACGCUGCGGCUCGAAGUCGCGCCGCUGGGGAUUCGAGUCGUCACGGUCAUAACGGGCAUCAUCGAGACGAAUCUCCACGAUAACGAGCCUGAACACCCCUUGCCGUCGGGGUCGUAUUACAAGCCCGUGGAAAGCUGGUUACAAGAUCGCAUCAGCGGAAAGAAUCGUCCUCCUGGGAUGCCCGUCGAGGAGUUUGCGAAGCAGCUUGUGAGGAAGUGUGAGGGCGGUGCGAAGGGGAAGGUCUAUGUUGGGCCUUUGACGCCGUUGUUCGUGUAUUUGAAGUGGUGGAUGCCGAGCUUUGUUUGGGACUACUUCAUGUUGCAGAGCGGGCCGAAGAAUUUUGGCGAGGUGGCGUUGGCUGUGAAGAGGAAGCAGCAGUAG